CGCCGCCCGCUUCUACAGAUCUUCGACCGGUCCAUGAAUCAAGGAUAAAUGCCCACCUCCGAUCAUCUUCACUCUACCUUACUAGACUAGAGCUAGACCACCGAUGCAUCCAUCCAUCCACCAUAUAUUAUAGUGUAAGAUGGGGUUCGUGUCGCUGCUGGCGGUGGCCACGACGCCGGUGGUGGAGGUGCUCCUCGUCGCGCUCCUCGGCGCCUACCUCGCCUCCCCGCGCUGCGGCCUCCUCGCCCCAUCCGCCCGCGCCGACCUCAACCGCGUCGUCUACGCCGUCUUCACCCCGGCGCUCCUGCUCGCCAGCCUCGCCUCCACCGUCACCCUCCAGGACGCACUCUCAUGGUGGUUCAUGCCGGUGAACAUCGGCAUCGUCUUCUUCGCCGGCGGGGUCCUGGGGUGGCUGGCCGUGCUCGUCCUCAGGCCGCCGCCGCACCUCCGUGGGCUGGUCGUCGCAUCCUGCUCCGCCGCCAACUUCGGCAACCUGCUCCUCAUCGUCAUCCCCGCGGUCUGCCGCGAGGACGGCAACCCCUUCGGCGGCGACUGCACCGGCAUCGGCCUCUCCUACGCCUCCUUCUCCAUGGCGCUCGGCGGGCUGUACAUCUGGACGCACACGCACGGCGUCAUGAAGCGGUCCAGCGAGGUAUGCCGGAGGAUGGUCGCCGACCAGGCUGCCGCCGAAGCUCAUGACCAUAACAAGAAGGACUCCGUCGGUGUCACCGUCAUCGUCAGCGUCAGACCAGAGGAGAAAGGAAAAGAGGAAGACGAAGACGAGCCGAGCUGGAACGAGGAGGGCAGGCCUUUCUCGCUGCCGUCGUCUUUGUCGAACCAACACCACACAGCGGCACUGACGCCAUUGCUGUCGAGCGGCAAGAUGACGAGCAGCGACAGCCUGUGGGCGAAGCUGAAGCAGGGCGCACAGCAGAUCGUCGAGGAGAUCAUGGCGCCGCCCACCGUCGGGGCGGUUCUGGGCUUCACCGUCGGUACGGUGCCGUGGCUGAGAUCCGCCUUCAUCGGCGACAGCGCUCCGCUGCGAGUCGUCCAGGACUCCCUCAAACUGCUCGGAGAUGGCACCAUCCCCUGUGUGAUUCUCAUCCUUGGUGGCAACCUCACCAAAGGAAUGCGCAAGACGACAAUGUCGCGGUGGGUGAUCGCCGCCAUCAUCUGCGUGCGGUACGUGAUCCUGCCGGUGGUCGGGGUGGCGGUGGUGAGGUCGGCGAGGGUGCUCGGCUUCUUGCCGCCGGACCCGCUGUACGAGUACGUGCUGAUGCUCCAGUUCGCGCUGCCGCCCGCGAUGAGCAUCGGCACCAUGGCACAGCUCUACGACGUCGCACAGGAGGAGUGCUCGGUCAUCUUCCUCUGGACCUACCUCGUCGCUGCCCUCGCCCUCACCGCCUGGUCCACCGUCUUCAUGUCCAUCCUCGCCGCCUAGUAUAUUGCUAGUACUAGUAUAUAAGAAAGUAUAGGCUUGCUAGUAUGUAUAUUGCUAGUGCUUCAUCAAUUUCUAUUGAUUGCUAUUAGUAUAUAUGUACAACUAGUAUUUAUUCAAGUGAGCCUUCACACCAAUAUUAUGUUCAGCAACACCCAAGAGAAUGAACAAAUAUUUAUGGUCA